UUUCGGCAAGGAAGAUUGAACUUGUAUUUGUACGUUCUUACCAACAAACUGUGUGAGCAUUCUACCACAGAGGCAAUGGACCAUCAAGAGCACCACCAUUGGUUUAUGCAUCAAGUAAUUCAUGCGUUGUCCAGAACAUUUUCAAAGCAUAACAAGUAUGGAAGUCUGCAUCAACACGAGGAGAUCAUUCACGGAACAGAACGAACACGCAAUCAAAACAUGGAGACAAACUACAGGGCAGGAUUACAAAGCGAACACAAAUUUAGAAGUGUAAAACCAGUUAUUAGAAACCCAUGCAAAAAGACAUUUGAUAUUUCGGAGGAAUCGUUGAACUAUGCAACUGACUAUUCAUGUAAUGAUAAAGCUACAGAGGUUCCAAAAGCUCAGCUGAAAAAAAUCAAUAACGAAAGUUGUCAAGAAUUCGGUAGAGAAUAUGAUUCGAUCAAUAGGUUGGCAGAGGAGGAAUUUGUAAUUGCAAAGGAAUUGCACCAAGAGAAUGCAAACUUGUAUAAGAAAGCUAAGAAAGUCUUGCGCCAAGAGACAGACAAACUCAUGACACAGUUGCAGGAAGAAGCCAGACAACUAAAGACACUAUUAAGGUGAUGCCAGCAUACAUCCUCACGUAUACAUACCUGCCGGACAGAUAUUGGAUUCCCGUCACUAAGCGGAUUUCUUCUCCGAAAAGGAUACCCGUUUAACCGAUCGUAAUGUAAUUAAAAAGGCAACACACCCAGUGAAUAACAAAAGAAAUUGACAGGAUCGAAUUGUUUGAGUAUUUGUUUUAGAUGUUUUAUUGACAUGAUCAGUAAACAGUAUGUGACAUAUAAUAAAAACAACAACAUUGUAUUGCCAGAGCCAUAAUGUAUGGAAGUGAACAUUAUUUCUUGCACACAAAACAAGCAUUUCAGAAGAAUAAGGUCAUGUUGGAAAAUUCCACCUGGCAUCUCAUGCCAGAUAAGUCACGGGCAACAACGGGCCGCUUUUCACUUUUUAUAAGAUAGAAUAUGAAAACUAAACUAUGGCAUUUCAAAACAGAUAAAAAAAAUAUAAUAUUAAAAAAAAAAGAUCGUAACAAAAAAAUAUAAUCACCUUGUAAAA